AUGGGCUUCCAUUUCAACCCAAACAUGUUCAACACCAUUCGAUGGUCCGUCUGGGGCCAGCAGAUUUGGGCCCUUGUGGGUGCCGUUGCUGCACUUACUACGAUGGCGAUCCUCCUCGGCAAAUUCAAUAACCGGCCUGUUUUCAACCAGAUGGGAAUUACGCUCAAUGCCAUUAUCUCUAUACUCUCGGUCACAGUCAAAGCUGCAGUGGCUUGCAUUCUCUCGGAAUGUAUGGCUCAAUGGAAGUGGAUUCUCUAUGGUCGAGAAGACCGGGUCUUGAUUGAUUUCGACCGACUUGAUGGCGCUGCACGUGGUCCGCUCGGUAGCUUGAGAGUUCUAUUGAGAACCAAGAGAGCGCACGUUGCCCAGUUCGGCGCUGUUUUGACGCUUGUUGCCGUCGCCCUUGAUCCGUUCGCCCAGCAACUCCUUCGACUUCGAGAGGAUGUCACGUACCGGAAAUCGACGAAUGACUCCUUGGCACUUAUAUCAAGUGCCUAUACAUAUACUCUGGGCAUUGCAAAUAUCGAGGAGGUGUAUUUUAACAAUGGCACUUUUGACUUGGUCCGCAAUACAAGUACGACCAAGACAUCCCGGUUUUGGAAUGUGACGACCAGCAUACAGCCGUCAAUGGAGGGAGCGAUCAUGAGUGCCUUCUACAAGUCACCAGAGGAACUACGAAGAGAGACGCUGUUCCAGUGCUCGUCGGGCAACUGCACCUUUGAGCCAUUUGUUACCGUGGGCAUAUGCCAUAGAUGCAAAGACGUCACGUCUGAUCUCAGGGAGAUGCCUGGCAGCUAUGACGAGCUUCUGAACACAAUAAUCGAGUAUCGGACAUCCAAUAGUCCUGGCAUCAAAGUAGGCGGUCCCGGAUUUUAUGCGACCGGGUACAGUCUUCCCAACGGUCAUUUUAUCGCCAAUACCGACGGCUGUCGUCCCUACCAAAACAUCAAAUGUAGGAGCAAGUCAUAUGCUACCACUUCUUUCGGCACGGGAAAUCCAAACAAGACAGUCGCCAUGAAGGAUAUCGACACUCUACUGUGGUCCCUGAGUAUCAUUUACGCAGACAUCAGUGCCCUUAAGGCGGCCAAGGCUCUGUAUUCUACCAACGAAUCACCUGAGGUAACCUGGCCAACUGUGCCUUUAAAGGCCUUAGAGUGUGCUCUCUACUAUUGCGGCAAAUUCGUCAAUUCAACAGUCCUCAAGGGGCGCUUGAAAGAAAACAUCACGGACGUUGCCGGAAAGAGAGAUAAACACUCAUGGGCCUCAUCCAAUCAGUUCAUCGACGACAGCAGUGACUUAUUGCCAGAAUAUCGCGCACCCCCGGACGAAAUUCGAAGUCUCGAAUUUCACAAGUUAUGGUCCGUGGCCAGAUACCAACCUCUCACAAUCAUUUUGAACUCUAAGGAACAAGUCACGAUUCAGGCAAAUUCCAUCAAAUCCAUCGGUGCCUACAUCCAAGGCCUGUUUCGUUGGGAGCCCUGGUUCAAUAACACCAAGGUCCGCACUGAGCUAAGCCGUCUUCCGGGUAUGGAAAAUGCGGUUGGCUUCAAUGGCGCUUCCUUUGGUCCGGUCAAGGAUCUCCUUGCGAUUGCUCAGCCCCCGGCCCUGAAUAAACUGGUGUCAACGAGCCGGUCCGACUUUGCUGGGAUCGCCAGAGUCUUUGAGUCGAUGGCUAUGAGUAUGACGAAUGAAAUCCGGCGAACUAACCAGGAGGCUGACAUCGCCCAUAAUGGAAUGGACACCAUGAAAGGAAAAGGGCUGGUAGGCAGCACGGUUGUGUUGUACGAGGUUAAGUGGCCGUGGAUAGCGCUCCAUGUCGCCAUCUUAGUGCUGGCCUGCACGUUGCUGUUGGUAACGAUCAUUGAAUCUAAAAGCAGCGCUGCCGUGCCGUUGUGGAAGAGUAGUUCAUUGGCCGCCCUUCGCCAUGGGCACGAUAUCGGCGGGUUGUUCAAUGACUCUGACAAGUCUGUAGCCGGUAUGGAAAACACGGCUAGAAAGACGUAUAUGAGUGGACGCCAGAUUGACGUCGAGGGGACCAAGCAUUCGGGCGAACAGUAUGCGGGCCUUGUUGAAAGUAGGAGAGCCUCGCAGACGUAUUUGGAUGAUGAAGGCAUGGACUCGUCGACAACAGAUAUUGCGUGUGCAGAAAGACAGCUGGGUAACUCUCUCACACCACCGUCACCAGAACGAGAGCCAAAGCUGGCACCGAGAGCACAGUCCCAUACAUUUUAG